AUGGCGCAGUGUAUGCCCCCGCCUCGUCCCAAGUCAAGAACCCCGAAGAAGUCUGUCAUGUCUGCCACCCGUUCAGAAAGCAACAAUUCAGGUGUCUUCUCCAGUGCUGUUCAAAACGAGGUCAGAAACAAAUCAGAAUCUCGUUGCUGGGUCUGCAGGUCGUUGAACCCCGAGAUCGCCCAUGUCAUUGGAAAGCAGGAUCGACAGACUGGUCUCUGGACCGAGGUCGGGCUCAUCACGUUUGAACUCACAUCGAUCUUCAAUGGAAUCGCUCUGUGCCCCCUCUGCCACGACCAGUUUGACUGUGAUGGAGACCAAGGCCUAGUCAUCGUACCGACAGAUCUGGAGUUUUUGGUUGCUCAUGAACACAAGGACCAAGAAAGACGCACCACCACCGAGAUUGGCUCACCCCGCAAAGUACCUACCAACAUCGUCUACUCUGACCAGGGUGGGCAGUUCAAGCCCAUCUUCUUGAAGCAAUACCUCGGCCCACACUUCAACUACAAAAAUGCAAUCUACUCAAGGAUAUGGCAUGGCGCUCCAAUAGCAAUGCUAAGACGCUGCAUGAUGGCCCUGGGAAGCGCACGGGUAUCUGUCAUAAACAAGGAUAUCCGUCAACACCUGGUUGAACUCCAAACUCUUUACUUCGAAGAGCAUACCGUGAACACCAUUUCUAUAAAUAGGAUCAACAUUCAGGAAGCCGAUCUCGGGCCAUCCAAUGAGGGAAACCCUAAAGAGGGAGAGCAACAGCCCUCGGGCGGCGAAGCUAACAACAAGAAGCGACCUACAAGCCACGAGGGUUCCCCAUCAGAGAAGAGAAUUAAGAUCGGAAACGAGGACGGCCAAAUCAAUAUGAAUCCCUCAGAGAAUAUUGUUCUAAGCUGUAGCCAGGAGUACCAGGGCUGGGUCCUGGGACCGGGUUCGAGAGCUGUAGAUGCCAUUGAGAGAUGGAGUUAUAUGUUUUAA